AUGGCAAUCAAUCGCCGAUUUAAAAAUUUUGAUUCGACUGUUUGCUGCUUUUUUGUGCUUUUUUUAAGUGUUUAUUUUCUUGAAUCUAUUGGAGGGUUUUUUAUGACUAGUGCCAUUGUCUCAAUAGAAAAACAAUUUCAAAUUCCAAGCAAAAUUUCUGGAAUGAUGGUAUCUGCUGGGGAUUUUGGUUAUAUUCCCUCGUUUGUUUAA